AUGCGUUGUCUACCUGGCCUCUGCGUAACUAAUCUAUUAGUUAUUCAGUUGGCCGUUGCGCUCCCUACUAGUGCAAAUGCCAUCAUUUCAAAUUCGACAGCGACGAACUCGUCGAUGACGACCUUCAACUUUACGCUUUCGUCGAUGCAUACCUCGAACUUGAACUCCACAACCUCGACUCGUAAUAAGCCGACAUAUACGCUGGCGAGCAAGACUAUAUCAGAGUUACCGAACAUCAACAAAGAGACAUCGACAUCGACAUCGACAUCUAAAACAGCAUAUCUCCCGACUCCGACUAUAUCGACAACAUCCCCACUGAAUACGACAAGUAUACCUCAGAACUCAUCUCUCACACAGGUGAUCACAAACAUAUUAAAUGGCACACAGAAACAGGGAUUUGGAGGCACUGGAUAUGCCAAAGGAAAUAGCCUUUCAGGUGUGAGCCUUGCAGGCUCAAAUACGAGCAACGAUCUUGCUGUCGCCGAGGCGUUUGCAUCCGACAUGUUCCGUUUCGCUGACCGCCAGAAUAUAUCCGAUGCAAGCUGGACGUCCAUGGUCUGCAGUCCUUCCGCUUUCGAAGAUGCUCGCAAGAAGUUGGCUCCCAUAGAUCUCGCCGCGCUAGAACAGACAUGCGCGAUCGUCGCCUCUAACGGGACUAACAAUACAUUCAACCACUUUUCCAACUCCACUGGGAUCCGCCCUUACAUCAUUAGCGGACUUUCACCCGGAUCCUCGUUGCGACGCCUAUUCAAAGUAGCGUCAUUUGCGCUUCCCCAGUUCGGCCGUGGUUGCAUGGACGACUUUGGCUACUUUGAGAUGACGGCUGCGAAUCUGGAGGAGUCCGGCGUGUGGGAAUGGUACCAAGCGUGGACACAGGAGGCAAGCUCAGGGCCGCUGGGGCCGCGAUUCGCCGCCUAUGGCGAGGUGAGGCUUUUUGGGCAUGUGUUCUUGGGAGACGAUGACUAUGACUGUGGGUUGGAGAUGGGUGGCUGCACGAGGAGGCCAAGCUGUAGCAGCAUCAUGAUGCAGUACCAAGGCGACAAAGAGUUGGCACGGAAGGUGUAUUUUGUGAUGAAAUUGCACAACACGGUUAACUUGGUGCUGAAGACCUACUAUGACACUCUUUUGUCAUCGCACGUCAACGUUGGAAGCUACAUCGAGUCUAUCAUCACGACAUGCACGCAAAGGGUCUCGGGAGAAGCAACCAAGACAUGCACCUUCAUCCGAAGUAGCGUUAAAAAUGUGAACGACUUUGUCACUGAGAUAGGUAUCGCCGCCAUGAUGAGCAGUAUGGCUCUCGCCUCACCAACCGCCACGCAGCUCGUUCCUGGCAAGAUUCUCGACAUGCCCGCCCCGGUAUUUCUCUUCAGCAAGACCCUGCGCAUCUGGCGUAUGUGGAACGCGAAGGCACUUGGUGGCCCACUGCCGGACAGCCUCUGUGAGGGCCUUGGUAUGAUUAAAACAGAUGACCCGGCGCAGAUCACUGUGUUGAGGAACGCCCUACUCGCAACGAGCCAGACGUUCCGAAAGUCCUUGAGCGCGAGCACGAAGCAGCUUAAUCGCGGAACGUUCUUUGAUGGCGGCCCCUCGGCAUUAUCCUCUAUGAUAGCUUCCCCCAUCUGGGCCAACGAGACUGGAGUCGUCCAAAUCCUCACGGACCCUUACCAAAUGGAAGACCUCAUGACAACAGCCAUAAAAGAAGGCCUGAUGGCCGCUUCCUACCGCGCCGCAAAGUGCUUCAUGAAAUGUAACUCCCAUCCCCAAGCCAAUCUCUUCUGCGACGGCUUCAACGACUGGGAAUUCAGUGCUGCUGCACGCGAAAAAUACGGUGACCCUGGUGAUGGCCAUGACCCGCAAUCCCCCAAAUCCGACCUCGAGCGUCAGAUGCGGAUCUGCCCGCGCUCGGACAAAGUAUGCCAGAUUGAGUGCUGGUCGCAGGAGAAGCGUGGCUUCAGCAUGCCAAUGCACGGCUUCCAUACCGUACAGGGUGCGCCGCUCAAUUUCGACGUCAAGGAUGCGAUGGCGCGACUCUACGACUAUUACAAGGCUCGCGGUAAUGCGGAUCCGUAUCUUAACUGGGGUGGUGAUGCAGUAGGUGAUAUGGAAGGCGGCGCUCCGCGGUUUUGGCUCCCCGUUUGUGAUUCUGACGCGGGAUACGUGCAUAUUGCCGAUUGGGGCCACCAGCGAAAUCACCUGUCGGACAAUGUUGAUCGCCGUGCCUUCCCGCUGUCAUGUGGAAACUACCGCUCUGAUGAAACGGAAGAGUUCAUUCGCGCCGUGGGGAUGGAGAAUCUAGCAACCGAGCCCCCCUUCCCGCUUGAUCCAUUUUACAAGGUCUACGCACCGAAGACACUAAGCGCUAUCAUUCAAGCACCCCUGGACUCCUUCCUCGCCUUCUGUGCUCUAGGCAUUGCGUACCCGCAGGAUGCCCCACACGCUGCAGCUAUAACCCCCUUCCGCUUCCAGCGCGAGCACUCGCGCUUUUGCGAGCCUAUAAUUGCCGAGACGCAGGGAAUGGAAUGGUACGUUGCAAACAUGCAUUUCUGCGAACACAGCGAGGCCGCGCAGGAGCUGUUCAAGGCGCAACUUUCGACGCCGGCGAAGCAUGUGUCGGGUAUGGGGAUUGUCGUGAGCCAUAAGAAGUUAUGUGCUAGGUGGGAAAACAAUGAGAAUGAGAAAUCUGUGCAUAUGGAGACUGAGAAUGGGGGUUAUAUAAUUGGAGUUGAUAUUGAGAGAGGGGAUGGGGGCAGAGAGUAUUCAGUCGGGAUUGGUACAAAGGAACGGGAUGACAGGGAGAAAGAGAAGGGGAAGAAGGGGAAGGAGGGGGGAGAGAAGGAGGAGAAUGUGGAGAAGGGGAAAGGGAAGUUGAAGGAGAAGUCAAAGUGGAAGGGAGGCGGGGCAAAGGAGAAGGGGAAGUGGGAGUGGAAGGGAGGCAAGGGGGAGAAGGAGAAGGAGAAAGGAAAGUGGAAGGUAAAUGGAAAAACCAGGGCAGGGAUUGAAUUUUUUUAAGCCGAAUCUAAGAAUGAGGUGGGAUUUAAUAUUUUUUAGGAGUUGCCUGUCUACUGGUUCUAAUUUUGGUUUUGUUAGCACACACCCCCCUACAAUUUGAAUAGGGAUUACAAUUCACGUUAGCUUUAUUAAAUUUGCAAUGGAACAUAAUUGAAUCAAGACAAAAAG